UCCGAUGCAGCUCCGCAGCAGUUUCCCGGCCUUAUCCGCGCCGCCGUGCCGGCCAACGUGCGGGUUGGGGCGUCCACCCAGACUCGGGAAGCACGGCCCUGAGAAGGAGCUCAUCGUGGCCGUGCCAUGCCUUUGGGGCCACUUCCACCGAUCCAGUCGGAGGGCGAGAGUAUAAGCACCAGGCACGAGGUCUCCUACUCCCUGGGCUUAAGCGAAGAAGUGGGAAGGAGCGAAGGCAAGAAGCUCUCGGCCUUUUCAGAGCGACGUUCCAUUUCUCAUUCCUCAAGCAGGAAGACCGUUGUGGACCCCAAGAGCGGCUUGAGCGGGAACUUCAUCAAGGCCAAGUCUACCCAGGGCUUUGAGGUGGAUACUGAUCGCGAGAGUUACACAAGUCGAUUGAAGAAAUCUGUCAAGCGUUUUCAGAAGAGCAAAGCCUUCUCGAACUUCAUGGUUUUCGUGGUGCUCUUCGACGCUUACUGCACCUGCCGGGACAUCGACGCUCGCGCCUCAUACUUUUCUCCGACACCGUCAGAUGCGCCGCAGAUGCUCAUGGUCUUGGCCGAUGUUUGUUUGCUGAUGUACACCCUGGAGUUGGCAUUGAACUUCUGGGUGCAAGGAUGGAAGCUCUUGAAAGACUGGAUGGUCCUUUUGGAUAUGGCGAUCAUCCUUUGUGGCUACAUAGAUUUGAUGUUGAACCUCAUUGCUCAACGCGACUUCGUGCUCCGUUUGGGCAUCUUCCGCGCCUUCCGCCUGGCCCGCAUCAUCCGUUUGAUGCGCGUGCUGCGGAAGAUGCGCGCCCUCCGUGAGCUUCAGAAGCUGGUGACGAUGAUGUCCACCUGCUUGAAGGCGCUCUUUUGGUCUUUCGUCUUUUGCUUUUUGGUGAUGAGCAUUUGGGCGAUGUUUAUGGUUGAGGUGGUGAAUCCUUUGAUUCACGAGAUGAAGAGCGAUGCCUUUCAGAACUGCCCGGAAUGUAUGACCUCGACGGGGUCAGUGAUGGCAGCGAACUUGCUCCUUUUCCAAACGGUCAUUGCAGGCGACAGCUGGGGCAAGUUGGCCGUGCCUGUGAUCAAAGCUCACCCUGAGACGGCCAUUAUUUUUGUCGGCAGCCUCCUGACGUUGGUCUUUGGCGUCCUCAACCUCAUCGUCGCCGUAGUGGUGGACACUUUUGCGGAAGCCAGAUCGCGAGAUAUUUUGAAUCUGGCUGAAGAAUUGGAGUAUGAUCAUGCAGCGGACCGGAAGUUUCUGCAGAGCGUCUUCGAUCGAAUGGACCUCAACGGCUCCGGGCAAAUCACCUUCGAGGAGCUGGUGGAAGGUGCCAGGAAUGAUCAAGAGUUCCAAAGCCGCUUGCGAGUGAUGGACAUAGACGAGACCGAUCUCAAACAGCUCUUCGAAAUGAUCGAUACCCACGCUGAAGGUGAGAUCAACGCGGCGGAGUUCAUCGGGCCUUUGAGUCGAUGGGUGCAUGAGUCGAAAACCGCGCCACGCUUUAUCAAGUACAACUUGCAGCGGGCGAUGCAGCAGCAGGAUGAUCUAUUCAAUUUCUGCGAGGAUUGCUUCAAUCUCGUGGGCGAUCGCAUCGACGACAUCGUCAAGCGCUUGGAUGUGGUGUCUCCAUCUAUUAGGACUAGUCACUACAAGGCACAUGACGAUAUAGAUACUCAGAGCACAGAGAUGGAGCAGUCAGACUUGCCACACCUAGCCAAGGUGCCAAGCGAGGCAGGCGUCAAGCCGAGCAACCUGGACACGGAGUUGGCGGCCGUCCGGGAACGCUUGGAAAAGCAAGUCAUGACCGCUGAGAUGGCAUUGAGGUCCUCAAUGUCGUGGGCGGUAGUUGAGGUCUUGGAGUCCGCGAUGGUGAACGUCGCUGUGCGCAGCGAUGUUCCGCCGAAGCGUCCUUCCAACCACUCCGCGGAAGUGGGAAUCGCCUCGGCGCCGCCCAUGUUGGGCGAUGGGAGGUUAAGCUCCAUCCGUGACUCCAUCCGUUUGGCGCGUACUGCAUACCCUCCUCAAUACUCCCCAAGCAGAAUGAGCAAACAAGCGAGCAUGAGCAGACAAGCGAGCACGAGCAGACAAAGCAGCCGGCGAAGCUCCUGGCGUGAGGCACCAGUGUCGAUGCCCAUCUCCCGAGGACAUGAGCGAUUUGAUACUGACUCUUCCACCGGAAGCCAUCAUUUAGGGACUUUGUCACAGCGCUCUUCCUCUGGCUAUGCAUCCAAGUGGAACACACAGGACAUCACCAGUUCCAAGGCGUGUGGAAUUUCUGCUGCUAGGUGGUUGGGGAAAGGGCCAGGAAGAAACUUGGAAUCCAAUCAAAAGGGUAGACAUAAAUAGACACCAUAGCCCACGGUAGAUGAACAUGCCAGAAUAGACAAUUGUGUACAUUUCUGCAUGUUCAUGUAGACAGGCAAGCUUGCCUAUAUCAAGCGCCUUGAAAGGGAAAAGGUAUUGCAGUAAUGGUGUAUAUAGGGUACUGGCCUUGACCAAGACCCAUCAAUUUGUAGACAGGUGUUCAAUCAAAGCCUACUUUGCACAUUGGCACAUUCCUUUCUUUACUUGGGGAUUCACAAGGGAACAGGACGUACCUGGCCCCAAGCAGACAAAUAUGUUUUUCUCCAAUGCAUUCCAACAUGCACAUGUGCUUGAGGCUUUGUAUAGGCACCAAUAUACAGCAGACGGCUGCUGUAAGUAUGUGUUGCAGCCUAAGGCAACAACCCAUGUGGUAAGAUGAUGCUGUACCUGAGCAGGUGUUGAUCUACCCGCUGAGUGGUUCACUGGUUCACUUUGACAUGUGUUGGGGGUUGGAUUUGCACACUAGAUGUGAACAGGUCUAUGGAGUCUAUGGUUCGAGGCACAACAAAGCUAAGGCUGAGGGUGGAAGGACCCGCUGGAACGUCCAAGGGAGAAUGGUCGCAAAGUUGGGGGCCACCUGAUUCAAGACCUUCAUCUUGGAUGUGCCCCCAGAUUUGAUACGUUUCUCUAGUGGCUUGCAGGAGUUCAUUAUAAUCAUCGUCCAGACGUGGGUGGGGCGAUAUGUGACUGUGAUACCUUGGAAUGUGGAUGCCUCCCUCAAUGCGGCCCUGUGGCCUGCAAGCCGCUCCAGGAACUUGCGUCCUUGCGGCGAGCGAGGAUGCCCCACCUGGAGCCACCAGCUGAGAGGAACCAUUCUGGAGCCUUGUAGCGCCACCAGGCCUGCCACCAGGGUGACCGAAGUGCGUGAGAAAUUCAAGAAGAUCAGCCCGGGAGAGAUCCCGAGAUCAUGCCAGUAUAUCCGAGCAGUGAGAGACAUUGGACCACUGAUGGGUGGCUGGCACCUGAGACCGGGUGCGCGGCAUGUUCCAAGUGUUGGUGUGAGACCGAACCCUGAAAAACACCUCAAGGGUGUCAGGAGCCAAGACAUUAUGCAAGGAGGGCAAGUUCUUCCUGCGUUCACUUCAUUCAGUGCCUGCUAUAGGCAUGGAAUGGUGUACCAAGUUCUGCAAUUGAUGCACUGUUGGAUGCAUCCAAUAGGGGAUUGGAUGGUGAGUCGCACGUGGUUUGUUUAGCCCCUCCC